AUGGCGAGCGUGCAAUACGGCCAUUCUCAGGUCGACCUGCAUGACGACGAGUCGCUUCUUGACGAUGACCUGAUAGAGGCCGACCAUGACAUCGAGGCCGAUGAUCCCCUGCACGACACCUCCGACACAGCCCCUCUACGCGGCAACAUUGAAGACUCCAACUCCAGGGGUCGUGGAUCUGGAUAUGGCAACUACCUGACCUCUUCCAUCCCAGGCGAAGACCGCCGUUCAACUCAAAACACCAUCGACGAGACCGUCUGGGCGACCCUGUCGCGCGACCUGGUCGCCGUGUGGGAGAAGAUGCGCCAGGUGCUGUACCCAAAGUACUUGCUGGGCGGUAUAAUGCAGCGUGGUGGAAGUGGCAUCAGCGAUGCUGAAAGAGGCGAGGCCUCUGGAUUCGGCCGCAACCUGCGCGGGCUCGUGGGACGCUGGCCGGAUGCCGACGUGGUCCUGCAGGGUGGCAUGAGUGAGGGAUUGCGCGACUGGGAUCUUUGGGGCCCGCUUAUCUUCUGCUUGGUUCUGAGCUUGUUCCUGUCGAUGGCUCACGGAGACCAAUCGUCCCUGGUCUUCUCGGGUGUCUUCUGUAUUGUCUGGAUCGGAGAAGCGGCCGUUACUCUCCAGAUCAAGCUUCUAGGUGGCAAGAUUUCCUUCUUCCAGUCGAUCUGUAUCAUCGGUUACACGCUCUUCCCGCUUGUUAUCGCCGCACUUCUCAGUGCACUUGGUCUCCCCACAAUCGCCAGAAUACCAGUUUAUCUGGUGCUGGUGGCAUGGUCGUUGGCUGCAGGCGUCAGCAUCUUGGGUGGCUCGGGAAUUGUUCGGAAUCGUGUGGGCAUUGCUGUGUACCCGCUCUUCAUGUUCUAUAUCGCGAUUGGAUGCCUCUGUUUCAUUAGUUAG